GAACCGGUCCUAUUCUCGGCCUGAGUCGUGUUUCUCUCCGGGACAGUAAGAAAGUAGCACUUCUGGCCUAGGAGUAUGGAGGCGCCCAGUGCGGGACCUCAUUUCCUGGACGCUGGUUAUGUCACUUCCGGUAGUCUUCGUGGAAUGCAGGCAUGGGCUCGGUGGACAGGAAUCUCCUGCAUGGGCUUUUUGCAGUCUACAAGCCUCCUGGGUUGAAAUGGAACCAUUUGCGGGACACUGUAGAGCUUCAGCUCCUGAAGGGUCUUAACUCAAAGAAGCAAUAUACCCCUCAAGAGCACAUCCGAUUCCUGCUUGCCCCCAAGGAAGGAAGUGAAGGGAAAGAACUGACCCUCACAGCCACUAGUGUUCCAGUCCUUUCUAAGCACCCAUUAGUGACAGGUCCAAAAUACACCAGGGUGAAGGUGGGCGUUGGGCACCGACUGGAUAUCAAGUCAUCUGGAGUGCUUGUGCUCGGAGUGGGACGUGGAAACAAGCUGCUCACAGACAUCUAUAAUGCCCAUCUCACCAAGGAUUACACGGUCCGUGGGCUCCUGGGCAAAGCCACAGAUGACUUCUCUGAUGAAGGCAGGCUGAUUGAAAAGACUACUUAUGAUCAUGUGACCCCAGAGAAGCUCAGCAGAAUCCUGACAGUCAUCCAAGGCUCCCAUCAGAAGGCACUGGUAACGCAUUGCAAUCUCGACUUGAAGACUCAAGAAGCUUAUGAAAUGGCUGUGAAAGGGUUAAUCCGGCCCAUGGUCAAGAGUCCAAUGCUGAUUACAGGAAUCCGAUGUCUCAAAUUCGCUCCUCCUGAAUUCCUCUUAGAGAUUCAGUGCAUGCAUGAGACCCAGCAGCUGCUUCGUCGAGUGGUGCAUGAGAUUGGACUGGAACUGAAGUCAACGGCCGUCUGUACCCAGGUGCGCCGGACCCGAGAUGGGAUCUUCACCCUGGAGGAUGCCCUCUUGCGGACACAGUGGGACAUGGACAGCAUUCAGAAAUCAAUCCAAAAAAUGGCACCCCGAGUAGAGGCAGAGCUAGAAAAGUACCAAACAGUAGCACUGUGGCAUAGAGACCCUGUAGAACAACCUGCUUCCUAACAGAUCCAGGUCACAGGCAAACUCGAGUAAACUUUUCCCAUGGGCUAAGCAGGAUGAGGCACAUAGCUUUAGGAAAGAACAGGAGGGGAGGGUGCUGAAAUGGUGCGGGAGCUGGCAAAUAACUGGAUUGCAAGAGAUGGACAAGGGAGACCCAUGGCCUGACUGAGGUGAGAGUUCAUGGACUGCUAGGAUGAAGACUUGGGAAACUUUAAAAAUGAUCCUUAUCUAGUCAGUAAGUAAAAGGCCCUAUCCUCUGGCUUUUGAAUAAGGAAGUGACUUGGUGUUCUUAGUCUAGUGCCUAGCUUCUUAAGUUGUGCAUUGAGACCCUAUAUGGGGUGUCAUAACUGAAAGUGGGGGUCAUGAAUAAUUUGGCAACAGUAGGUUAUAUAUACCUAUUUUAUAUACCUAUGUUCCCAGGGUUAUGUAAAAAUUUCUUGGGUGAAAAGGGGUUGCAAGUGGAAAAGCUUAAGAAGCCCUGGCCUAGUGAACAUAGUUGAGAAGGGGACCUCUGAAUCAGCAUUCUUGGCUGUCUCAUUGAAUCUGGUGGAAGCUUGCAAGUGUCAGUGGGAAAGUGGCAGUAGAGAGGUGGAGACUCCAGGAAAAAGUAUCGAGGAGACAGAGGAACUAAUAUUCUUUGAGAAGACUCUUAACCUGCCUUGAAAGGGAGGAAUCAGGAAGAAUUUUUCUGAAGAACUCGGAGCACUUAAUAGCUGGGAUUGUUCUGGUUUUUGUUACAGAGAGGGGAGACAGAGAUGUGGUUUUGUGGAAAUCCAAUAGAAACCAGGUCUUCAUCUCUUCCUUUCUUCCUAAAUCUCCUCAAUCUUUAGGCAGGGGGCAGCUAGGUGGCACAGAGGAUAAAGCACCAGCCUGGAUUCAGGAGGACCUGAGUUCAAAUCCGACCUCAGACAUUUGACACUAGCUGUGUGACCCUGGGCAAGUCACUUAACCCUCAUUGCCCCGCAAAAAAACCCAAACAGAAAAACUCUAGGCAGGGUAGUUGUGGGGGAAAUAACAUUGAACUUGGAGUCAGAAAACUUGAGUUUGACUCCCAGCUUCGCCAUUUUCUAGCUAGGUGAUCAUGGGCAAAUCACCUUGCCUUCCUGAGCCUUAGUUUCCUCAGCUAUAAGAAUAAGGAUUAUGAUAUGUAUUUCCUACCACACAGUUACUGUGAGAAUCAAAUGAGAUUGUGUGUGUAAAGAAUUUUGUAAACUUUUCAAGUGCUAUAUGAGGGUUAGGUGUUGCUGUCCAACAGUUGUAACCCAAGACUACUUUCUAACAGCUCCCAGAUUAGGAUGGUGGAUAGCAAGGUGAAAGGCCAAGCGGCACAGGUAACCUUUUUUUUUCUUUUUUUCUUUUCUUUUUUUGGAGGAUGUUACACUAUUAAAACUCAUAUCAAGGACCAAAGUGGUCGUAAUUCCA